AUGCUCCUUCUCCUUAUCGACAAGAUAACAGACCUCUGUGUCUGGAGGGAGCGCUCGUCAACUGGAUCCGUGGCGCGCUUCUUCCUCAUUGACGAUUGUGUGGAGGAGCCUGAGCACAGAGUGCAUCCCAGAGAAACCACCAGUCUUUAUCCGGGUCUUGACGUGGCAAAAAGCAGCAAGAAUUCAUUCUUCACAGAACGGGGCCACCGUCGACAGUCUCGCAGCUGGACAGAAGGCACGCAACAGAAGCAACAUGAGAGCAUGGCUGACGAAGAAACACCAUCCAGCGGAAGCCUCCUCUGCUCCAUCAACCACCUCCUGCGGCUACCGGAGCGCGCAGACCAGAAGGAGGUGGUCCUUCGUAUCUUGCAAGCGGCUCGCGUCCAGCCGGCGGCUGUGAUGCCGGUCCUCAUGGUGACGCUCCGGCAUGAUGAAGUGUCGGCCUGGCAGAAGGUGACCGUGUACCACAGCCUCCGGGCCAUGCUGGAGCACGGCCUGGAGGUGGAGCCCUUGCAGGAUUUCAUCCUCGUGGCCUCCAAGCAGCUGCGAGCAUCUCCAGAGCAAGGGGUCCCCCGUGAGCUCCAGGUGGCCGCCAGCAGCACCUUGGCCACCUUUGCCCGCCGUCACUUCAACCCCAUCAUGACGGAGCUUCAGAAGCAGCUCAAGCCCUUCGUGCAGCCUGACGAGUUCCUCCUCCUCACCCUGGGCAAGAUGGCAGCCAGCAACGUGUAUGGCUGUGUCCCCUUCCUGGGCAUCACCCUUACGACCCUGCAAACCACCAUGCGCGGGAUGGAAGAUGGCAGGCGGCGCAGGGCCCUCUGCAUGGCCCUGGGGCAGAUAUGUGGGGCGAUUCGGAUCUACCUGCGAAGCUGGGAGAGGAGCUCACACCCUCGCCUCAGUGUCCAGCAGUUUGCCACCUACCUUCUCCCACUCUAUGCCUGCAUCACCCGCACCUGGCUGCCAGGGAGCGACGCCCAGGUCAAGCUGGCCAUUCUGAAGGUGCUGGGCCCCAUGCUGAGCAUCCUGCUGACCCAGAAGGAGUUCCAGGCUCAGGUUCACGGUGACAUCCCUCUGCUCGUGGCGCAGUAUGAGAGCAGCAUCGAGGCCGUGCAUGUCACAAAGAUUCUGAGCCAGAUUUUGGAGGCUUCUCUUGUGAAUAAUAAUCAGAUUCCCAGGAGGCAUGUGGAGCCCCUGGCUCGUGUUCUAACACACCAGGUGAAGCUGAAAGAAAGCCAAGAGGAAGCGCGUGUAGUGUUGCUGGUAUUGCUCUCCAAAAUCGUCGGUGCCCAGUUGCCUGAGCUCUGGAGCAGGAGGCAGCUGUGCGUCAAGGCCAUCAAGGUGGUGCUGGGUGAUGACAGCAUCAGGGUCCGUUUUGCAGUGCUCCAGGUCAUCAGUAAGCUGCUGCAGGCUGGCUACCUAGAGAAAGUGGAGGGCUGGCCAUUGAACUAUAUCUCCCUGCAGCUGGCCAUCUCUGCUCACCAACUGGACCACUCCAGGCCAAGCCUCCCUUUGGGUGGGCUGGAGGAGAAGGUGAUCCAGAGAGCCAGCGUGGAGGCCCUCCAGGCGGCUGUUGCUUCGGGGAGAGGCACCAGUCAGGAAUUGUGGGCCAAGUUGCUUGCCUAUCUGAUGCAGCCACAUUUUACUGGCUUGGCUGCAUCUCUGUGCCACAUCUUGAGGAUGCUGGCUGAGCAGCAGAGGCGGAGGGUGCUUCAAGAUGGCUUGGAGGCAGUUAAUUCACCAACUCCCCAGGAGUUGCUGGCCCGGCUUCUGAGCCUGGCGGUGUCCCCCUUCGACGGAUCGGGCCGUGGGGUAGCGGUGUUGCUGCUGCUCCAGGUGUUGCGCCCACAGAUCUACAAGGAUGUAGCCGAGCAGUGGUGGGUGGAGGUCCCAGCCAUGGUUGAUCUUCUGGAAGGACACAGCAAGUAUACACUGAAGCAGGCUGCGUGGGAGCAGAGGCUACUGGAGUUCCUAAAGAAGUCCUUGCGGAGGAACCAGAAGAGAGGCUGGAACCUGGAACUGGGACAUGAACUGGCCAAGCAAAUGAACAAUUACCCCAGCUCCUCUGCAGAGAAGGCAUUCCUCUACAGGGCCCUGGGCACAGCUCUGUCCACUGCAGGGGACGUGGCCAGAGUGGCCUUGCAUCUCCAGGAGCUACUGCUGCAUGCAGAUUACGCAGAUGAAGACCAGCGAGAGGGUCUUUGCCAGUGCCUGGCCUGUUGCGGCGAGGGGCAGUUCCCUGCCACACUGAAGGCCCUGAGCCAAUUGGAGGAGGAAAUUUCCAAGGUGGAAGAUUCGGACUUGCCACUGCCAGAACAGGACAGAGUGAAGAGCGCCUUCCUCCUCAUGUACAGCAGUGCCGUGACCCGUGCCCCCCAGCAGCAAUUGCUGCUCCACCUGACGGCUGACGUCAUGCCCAAGAUCCUGCACCAUUGCACCCCAAGCAGCCCGGAGGUUGCCAAAGAUCCUGAGCUGAUCCUGAGCUUUACCCGGUGUGUGUCUGAGGUCUGCCUUUCCAUCCGAGAUGGAGGGGAGGCCGCAGCCAUCCAGCUGCCCCACAAAAGGGCUCUUGUCGACCAUCUCGUGGAUAUCAUCAGAGCCCAGCCCUUGGAUGCCCUCAUGUCUCCUGUUCGCCAGCAGGCCAUGGUGGCCCUCCGGCACCUCAGCACAGUGCCAGAAGCCCUGAGCCACGAGGAGAACCGGGAGCUGGCAGAGCUGUGCCUGGGCUGCAUCUUUGCCUUGCCUCCCCUGGAGCUCACGGACCAUGCAAGUGAGGCGCUUUAUACCGGUGCCGUGGCUUCGCUGGCAGAGCUGGUGGAGACCCUGCUGGAAGAAGAGGAGGAGGGGGGAGAUGCCAGUUCAAAGUGGGUCCAGGAAGUCUUCCAGCUUCUACUGUACUGGCUGGUCUCUGAGCAAGAAUGGGAACGUGCCCGCGCCAUGCAGCUCAGUGCCCGCCUGCUGAAAGAACACCACCGGAGGACCACUGCUUCGGCCAGGAUCUCCUUCGGACAAUACAGCCGUCUGGUGGGGGCACUGGGGCCCUUCACUUAUGACACACCAGGGACCACCCGCCAGGCCGCUGGCGACUGCAUCAGGACCUUGCUGAGCAUCCAAGGCGUGGUCACUCCCCAGACACCAGAGGGUCGCCGGGAGGACUGGAAGCUGCAACGCAUCCAGCAAGAUCUGCAGAGCGAGUGCCCGCGAGAGGUGCACGCGGCCUCUUUCCGGCUGGCCAAAAUCGUCAGCUCUACCAUUCCCUCGCAAGAGAUUUUGACCUACCUGUGCUCCUUGCUGGAACAGCUGGGAACAGUGAGUGUUGCUUGUGACCGGGCUGUCCUCCUGUGGUUUGAAGUGAUGCUGAGGGAACGGGGCCCAGACCUGAGGGACAAGGUCUGCGACCUGGUGGCCUUCAUCUGUUCCAGCCUUCAGCAUUCUGAGGACCCUGCUCAGCGCCUGUCUCUGGCCCGGGCCGUGGCCACACUGUCGAAGUACCAUCUCAAGACGGUCUGUGCCUCCCUCUUGGAGCAGCCCUUACUUCAAGACAGGGCCAGGAAGGAACUCUGGGCAGUGCUUGUGACUCGCACAGAGAGCUGUCUUCCCAUCGUGCGGUAUUUGCUGAGACAGCUGAGAGCAGGAGGAGGGACCGGGGAGGCAGGCGGCGACAACAGCCAAGGACCGGUGCUCGCUGCCCUCCAGGAGGUGAUUGUGGGUCUGAAUGACUGUGACAGGCUUCUCCCGCUGCUCCCAGAGCUGUGCUACUUUCUCCUGUGCCGACUCAGCAGAGGCCCAGAUGCAGAGAGGCUGAUUUCAGCUCCUCUCCUGGAAAGAAACGAGGACAUUGUGACAUCCCGCAGGCUGGCUGUCGGAGUGUUGCAGGCCGUGUUCGACAAAGCCCUGCCAGAGACGGCAAGGGAACUGGACGUAGGAGACGCCUGGCACUUCCUGGCGGAGUCACACAGCUUCCUCCAAGGUGUUGCCCAGUUGGCCAGGGCCUUGGGGUGCUCAGGGCACCCUCUCCUUGACGGGCUCCUCCACCUCCUCCUGCCAUCUCUGAGUUCUUCCAGCACGACCAGCAGGGACCUCAGCCUGGUCUUCUGUGCAGAGUUCACAGGUCACCCCUUGCUGCACAGACCACAGACACUCCACCUCCUCCUGCAACAAUUGCUGAGCCAGUCUCAUGACGGGGAUGCCACCAGGCGUCUCUUGGCGGUGCGAGGGCUGGGGGCCAUGGCAAAGUGUGCUCCGGAAGAGGCACUGACUGACGCAAGGACCGCUCCACAGGCCAAGAAGCAGCAGAAGGCUCUGCUGGCAGCUCUGCUGGACGCUGCCGGUGAAGCAGCCAGCCUCGAUGUGGCUGGUGAGGGCCUGUGUGCGCUGGGCAAGAUGUUGGGCUGCCUCGGGGGACGCCAUCUGGGUCGUGCUCUCCAGGCUGUGGCUCACCAGGCCUGUGCACACCUCCAACAGGCAGACGAUGCCCUGCGGGCUGCAGCCUUUGAGCUGUUUGGCCACCUGGCUGAGAUAGCUCAAGAAAAGCACAUCAGGGGCUUUGCCAAGGAGGUGAGAGAUGCUUCCGCUGCCCUCCUGUUGCACUUCCGGGAUCCGAGCCCUGCUGUGGGCAAGGCCUGCUACACGGCCUUCGUCUUGUGUGCCCCGUUCCUGAGCCUCCGGGAGCUCACUUUGGACAUGGAUCCUGCAUCGCUGAUGGACGUGUCUGGAACACAGCACUCUCGACUGAUGGGCAGGGUUUGCCAGCAGCUGGCCCAGACAGACCCGGCGCUCCUGGAAGUUCUGACUGCAGAGGUGCCCAAGUAUAUGCACUGUCCCUGGGAAGAGAUCCAGAUCGCAGCAUGCCAACUGGCAGGAAUCCUGGCAGAGAACAUGGAGGUGCAGCAGCUCAGGCAGCUGGAUCUGAGGCCGCUGUUGCAAGAUCUGCACUCCUUGUGUGACCACUGCACCACUGCCAUGGAGAUCACUGCCAAGGAAGCCAUCGACGCCAUUGGGCAGAAAUGGCAAGGGGCAGGGCAGCAGCUCAACUAUGCGACCAAUUUGGCCCUGCUAGGGGCAGACGAUGAUGUGGAGCAAGUACCUAGCCUGAGUGCACCCAGAGGUAGGAGCCCUUGGGAGUGA